AUGUUUUCUCUGCGUGCGCUGCAUCGCGCAGCCCCUUCACCUCUGCGUUCAUGUAGCAAUUGUCUGCGCCAGUAUUCCCUCGCAUCGCCCUCGAGCCAGCAACAGACCCAGAAGAAAGUCAUUUUUUCCGGCAUCCAACCCACAGGCAUCCCACAUCUUGGAAAUUAUCUGGGCGCAUUACGACAAUGGGUUCGACUACAAGACGAGGCUUCGCCAGACACAACGCUCCUCUUCUCCAUUGUCGACUUGCACGCCAUUACCAUCAAGCAAGAUGCACGUGAAUUGGCGACCUGGCGCAAAGAGAUGCUAGCCAGUCUCUUAGCAGUAGGACUCGACCCAAAGCGAUGCAUAAUCUUCACACAGAGCAGCGUAAAGCAGCACGCAGAGCUCAUGUGGAUUCUUAGUUGCGGUGCCAGUAUGGGCUAUCUAGGCCGCAUGACACAGUGGAAGGCAAAACUCUCCCUCCCAGCAGACUCCUCCCCCCUCGACCCCUCCCCCAACAACAAGGACGCCCUAAAACUCGGCCUCUUCUCCUACCCCGUCCUCCAAGCCGCCGACAUCCUCCUCUACAACACGACGCACGUCCCCGUCGGCGAAGACCAAGCCCAGCACCUCGAAUUCACCCGCGAGUUAGCCAUUGGUUUCAACCAUGUCUACUCUUCCUCCCCCUCAUCCUCAAACACAACAACAACAACAGCAGUAGGAGUAGGAGCCCCGAUCCUAACAAUACCCCAAACCCUCCUCAGCCCCGCCAAACGCAUAAUGAGCCUCACGGACCCCACCAAGAAAAUGAGCAAAAGCGACCCUCGCCCCAAAUCCCGCAUCUUACUUUCCGACUCCCGAGACGACAUCUUUGCCAAGAUUAAAUCCGCGCUGACGGAUUCGGUAGAGGGCGUGAGUUAUGAUCGCGAGACGAGGCCUGGAGUCUCGAAUUUAGUGGAUUUGUUGUGGCAUUUUGGUGCAAAUGGUGGUGGUGGGGCGGCGUCGCCAGAGGAAUUGGCGAGGGAUCUCAGGGAUUUGAGUAUGAGGGCGCUGAAGGAGAAAGUGGCGGAUACGGUGGAUGGCGGGAUUAGUGGGGUAAGGGAGAGGUAUUUGGAGUUGAUGAGGGGGGAUCAGGCGGAGUUGGUGAGGCAUGCUGAUGAGGGUGCGCGGAGGGCGGAGGAGAUUGCUGAGAGGACGAUGGUGAGGGUGAGGAAUGCUUUGGGGAUUGGGUGGUAA